AUUUCCUUCACGAGAUAGAAGUCUCACCAGUUCUUAAGUAUGUUAGGGCCUAGACGAAACGCCCCAGCUUAAGAAAAAUGAAUAUCUUUUGAAGGAAAGGUGGUGUAACUACUGUGGGACUCGGCCUCCUGACCAGUUUUUGGUCAAGUUUCCACCACUUUUGUCAAACUUGAAGAGGGGUUCCUGGAUAAGUCGACAUGACUAACACAGUGUGAUCUUACCGGGUUUUUGGAUCAUGUAAAUCUGAAAAGAGCUAUGUGCAAACACCCAGAUCAGAUUGAAUGAGUGAAUUCGAAAGGAAUUAAUUCUAUGAGCAAGUUUCGAUUAUUCUAGGACAAAAGAAUUAGUUAAAUCGUCGUCAGCAGCAAAACGUUUUAUUCGUUUGGUCCAGUUGCAAUCAAAAAUUAAUUAUUGUUCACAAGAAGGAAAAGAAAUUGUAUGUUUUCAAUCGGCUCAAUAUCUGUUAUCGUAUCUUUCUCAUGUUAUUUUCUCGCAGAUGGAUUUUAAAGGUGAAAUUACAUUUGAUCAUGUUUCAUUUAACUAUCCAUCAAGACCAAAGGUAACAAUUUUGAAUGAAUUUACAUUGGAUAUUAAAGAAGGGCAUCGAAUUGCUAUACUUGCUUAUCGAACGCUUUUACGAUGUCAAUCGAGGCAAUUUGGUACUGAUACAUUAUUAACUAAUGCUUUACUAAGAGCCUAA